GUAAUCAACAGGAGACACAGGCUGAAGGCAUGAAGCUUUUCAUUGUCCUGACUUUCUUUGGAGGGGCAGUUUCCCUGGGAGAAGAUGACAAGAUUGUUGGAGGGUUUGAGUGUCGGAAAAAUUCAGUGCCUUACCAGGUGUCGCUCUUCACCGGGUACAACUUCUGUGGUGGGACUCUUCUGUCUGAAGAGUGGGUGCUCUCUGCUGCACACUGUAAGCCAAAGUCAAAUUUAGAGGUUCGGCUGGGAGAGCAUGACAUCUGGGAACCUGAAGGGACUGAACAGCACAUAAUGUCUGAGAAGUUCAUUCGCCACCCUGACUACAAUCCCCGUACACAGGACAGUGAUAUCAUGCUGAUUAAGCUGAGCAAACCUGCUAUUCUGAACAGCUAUGUGCACCCUGCAGUGCUUCCUUCUGAGUGUGCCAGUGAUGGGACCAUAUGCCGGAUAUCUGGAUGGGGGAAUAUUCGCUCCAGUGAUGAAGGCUCAAGGUACCCUGACAAGUUGCAGUGCUUGGAUGCCCCUCUCCUGAGUGAUGACACCUGCUUUAAUGCAUAUCCUUUCCAAAUCACUGAAAAUAUGAUUUGUGCUGGAUAUCUGGAGGGAGGGAAGGACUCCUGUCAGGGUGACUCUGGGGGUCCCAUGAUAUGUGAUGGAAAGCUCCAUGGAGUUGUAUCUUGGGGCCAUGGCUGUGCUCUUAAAAACAAGCCUGGGGUGUACACAAAAGUUUGUAAUUAUGUUUCUUGGAUCCAGAAGACAAUGGCAUCUGGCUGAAAGGUGUAC